GCACAUCCUCGGCAUCGUCACACCUAUCGUAGGCAUGCAUUUGCUAUCCCACACCCCAACUGCUUGCUCUUGUCUUACUCCCCAUUUCUCGCCGCCUCACAUGCCAACCAACUCUGCGCCGCUACCCCACAAGCCCUGCGUCUUACAAGUGCUCGCUGGCAACUUGGCAUCCCCAGCCCGCUCACCCGCUAGCUGCCUUGCGUCCUUCGUGGUCCCUACCAGCAAUGGCAACUGACAUCAAUCCAUGACACCAGUCUUUUACCUUGCUUGCUUGAGGCUGAUACUAUUACCAACUCACUUAGCACGUACAUAACUACGGAGUACAUGCCUAUCUAUCUCUACAUACCGCCACCACUUCCAUCGGGCGCAUACUGUAGGUGCUACUGUAGGUACACACAUGUAACGAUGGAGAUCCCGGUAUCGCAUCGACGACGACGGCUUCUCUCACCGCCGGCUCUCCCUGUCAUCCUCCCCGAGUCUUCAAUAUCCUGUCAUCCGGC